AAAAAACAAAAAAGCUAAUCUUUCUACAGAUAAAUUCAAGCUUUUUUCCUUCGUUCAUUCAAAAAAAAAAGAAAGAAAAAGAUAUGGGUAUCUCUAAGAAAUCAACAAAGGCUAUAAUAAUAUAUAUGGCUCUUAUUAUGGUGUUCUUCACAUUUGCAACACUCAAGACCAAUGCGGAAGAUGUGAUAAGCUACGAAGUUCUCUUACAAGAUCAUGCAUGGGGAUGUAGUCCAAAGUUUCCUAGAUUAUCAUGUCUCAAACAAAAGGCCAAUCCCUAG